AUGAUAUUCGCAGAUUUUUCCAAGAACUUGGAUACUUCGGCCAACCUAGUUUGCCGGCCAAGCUCUCCUCCGCUGAGAAACUGAUUGGACGUCUGCUUUACCAGUUCCAGUGCGGGAUAAAAUUCAACCAACAUGGCGUGUAUCAGGCUGAAAACGUGGAAGCUGGGAAAAAUCCUUCACUAUUUGACGUCGGAACCUCUGUGUAUCCAACGCUUCUACUGUUUAACCAUUCCUGUUGUCCGAAUACAUUUAGAAUAAAUGAUGGGAAGAAGAUUCUCGUGAUUGCGAAGCACGAGAUAAAUCCAGGAGAUGAGGUCACGGAUUGUUACGGGAUUCAUCAUCUCAGCAUGCCAAGAGAUGAACGGCAGCUGAAGUUGAGCCGAAGCUUUAAGUUUACCUGUACUUGUAAAGCAUGCAGUGAAGAUUGGCCGUUGUUUCCGACACUGGAUUCAAACCUGACUCAGUCGGAGAUGGGUCGACUAGGAAACCAUCUUUCUCUUUAUCAGAAGAAAUUCAAGGCUGGGAAUUAUCAAGAAGCUUACACCCAUUGUCGAGACUAUUUGAUCAAGCUUAAAGAAAUAGGCAUCGUUUACCCUCAUAGAAACUUUGAGAUUGCUGGACUCGCUCUAACAAGUUGUUUCUGGAAACCACUAGAAGAAAAAUAAUUUUUUAAACAUUAUGAAAUAAAUAAUUUAAUGCUCAAGUUGUAUUAUAGUUUGUAAUUAAGUAAUGGUAAAUGUUAAUUUGAAAAAAAUUGCAAUAACAAUUACAUGAAAUAAUUUUUAGUUGAACAAAUUUUAAUAAAAGAUACGGUACAACCGUACAAGAUUGAAAAUCUAAGAAAUUUUUUGAGUUCAUGAGUUUGUUGAGUAAAUAUUUGAAUUUGUCCGCAAAUGGUUGAAUUUAAUUUGAGUUUCUGCUUUAAAUUAGUCAGUUAUAAAAUCUAGCAAAGUUACACACUAUUCAGAUAUUAGGUCUUGUAGAUUUAUCAAAUUGUACAAUAAAUAUGAAAAUUUUAUGUUUUUACCUGACCAAAUAUUGGUUAAUUCACAUUGAGAACUAAAUAUAACGUAUCCAAUAAAAAGAAUAGCAAGAGCAAAAAUUGGCUUGGUUUGUAGAGUAUAUAGCUUUAUGCACGCAAAUAGAAAUAUAUUAAAAAAGCACAUUUCAGCUUCUCCCACGGUCAGUUUUAGUGCUAGAACUUUUAAAGCGUUUAAAAAUUAAAUUUAAAGUCAUGAUAAACAUAUUCACGAUUUCGAUCAGCAUUUAUCUUAACUAGAAAUUCAAGGCGCUUCGCGCCCUUCUUUCUA